AUGAACUUACGAGAAUGGACAUCAAAUAGCGCAAAGUUGAAUGAAUUGAUACCUGAAGAGGACAAAACAGAUAGUUCCAUUACCAAAGUACUGGGGCUUACAUGGGAUACAAUGGUGGACACUCUUUCACUAAAUGUGUCAUUUGCUUCCAUUGAUUCACAAAGUCCAACAAAAAGAAUUAUAUUGAAAAACAUCGCUUCCGUGUUUGAUCCUUUGGGACUCCUCUGUCCUGUUUUGUUGAAAGGAAAAGUUUUAUUACAGUCCAUAUGGAAAGAAAGGUUGGAUUUGGAUGAUCAGAUAAAAGAUUUCAAAACCCUUGAUACCUGGUCAUUUGUGAAAGAAGACUUGGAAAAGAUAACAAGUUUUAAAUUUCCAAGAACCAUUGCUAUGAAGAAAUUUGAGCACAAUACGGAAAAUGUUUUAGUGUGUUUUUGCGAUGCAUCAGCAAAAGCAUAUGCUACAGCAGUAUAUUUACUUCAAAGGAACGAAACAGAAACGACAGUGCAUCUAGUCUUCGCUAAAAGCAGGCUUGCUCCGUUAAAGGAAAUCACUAUUCCAAGACUAGAAUUGAUGGCUGUAUUAAUAGGUGUUCGGAGUGUGAAAUUUGCAUGCAAUCAACUAAAACUGAAUUUGAAACACGUGUAUGUAUGGACAGAUUAG